AUGGAAUUCCUCCAUAGGGCCGUAACAGCCGGAGACAUUGCAAACGUAGAAAUAUUAUUGAACAAAGGAGCUGAUGUAAAUGCAAGGAAUAGCCACGGUCUGACACCUAUCUACAUUGCGGCAGAAAGUGGUGAUCUCGAUGUUGUCAAUUGCCUGAUCAAUAAAGGAGCUGAAGUGAACAAAGGCAACAUUGAUGGCUACACUGCUUUCCACCGUGCGACACUCAACUGUCAACUUCAUUUGAUGAAAUUUCUGAUUAGUCAUGGAGCUAAUGUGAACAUUGGUAGUAAAGAUGGUAUGACCGCUUUGCACAUCGCUGCAAGAAGUGGCAAAAUUGAUAUCGUUCAAUAUGUCAUUGGUCAAGGAGCUGAAGUCAAUAAGGAAACCAUUGAUGGAUACACUGCUUUACACCAUGCUUCAGAGAGGGGUCAACUUGGUGUACUUGAAUAUCUGCUCAACAGAGGAGCUGAUGUCAAUAAGUGCGACGCAGACGGUUGUUCUGCUUUAUACAUUGCUGCAGAGAAGGGUCAUAUCGAUAUCAUCAAACGCCUAACCAGACAAGGUGUUGAUGUAAAUCAAUGCAACAACAGAGGUAGAACAUGUACUUGCACUGCUGCAUGGAAUGGCCAUCUUGAUGUCGUAAGGUAUCUUAUUGAUAGGAGGGCUGAUUUCAAAAGCUGCGAUAAUGAAGGUUGGAGUCCCUUGACGAGUGCCACAUGGAAUGGGCAUGUUGAUGUCAUUAGCUUUUUAAUCAACCAAGGAGCUGAUGUGAAUGAAGGCGAUAAGGAUGGAUGGACUGCCUUACAUAUUGCUGCGCAGAAUGGCAACGUGGACAUCACCCAAUUCCUAAUCAACAAAGGGGCUAAACUCAAUAAGGUCGACAAAGACGGUGUGACCGCCCUGUUCACUGCUUCGCAGCAUAGUCAUCUCCGUGUUACAGAAUGUCUCAUAAACAAUGGAGCUGAUGCGAAUAUCUGCAGCAAGAACGGUAACACUGCUUUACAUCUUGCAGUAAUGAACGGUGACAUUGAUGUAAUGAAGCAUUUUAUCAGUCAAGUAACGGACGUGAAUAAGGGCGAUAGUAGUGGAAUUACGCCGCUGCACAUUGCUGCACGAACUGGACAUGUUGGUGCAACCAAAUGUCUUAUAGAUGAAGGUGCCAAUAUCAUGACGGCCAAUGAUGAUGGCUCUACUGCCUUAUACCUUGCGGCAAUGGAUGGUCACGUUGAUGUCACCGAGUGCCUAGUAAGUCACGGCGCUGACGUGAAUGAAUGUAGCAAGGAUGGAUGGACUGCUUUGCACAAAAGUGCAGAGAAAGGUUACCUUGAAAUCACCAAGUAUCUAAUCAGUCAGGGAGCUGAUGUUAACAUAAGUACAAACGAAGGCUGGACGCCAAUAAACAUUGCUGCAGAAUAUGGCCAUCUUGAUGUCCUCAAAUAUCUGAAGACCAAUGGAGGUGAUCUGAACAAAGGCAGUCACAACGAUGACACCCCAUUUCUCACUGCAGCAUUACAUGGGCAUUUAGAGAUAGUUGAAUAUCUCAUUACGCAAGGAGCUGAUGUGAAUAAGGGUAAUAAUGUCGGUAGGACUGCAUUACGUAACGCUGCGUGGAAUGGCCAUCUCCAUGUCACUAAAUGCUUAAUCAGUAAUGAUGCCGACGUGAAAAAGGGACAGAAUGACGAAAGGACUGCUUUGCAUGCUGCUGCCUGGAAUGGCCAUUUAGAUGUCGCAAAAUGUCUAAUUACUCACGGAGCUGAGGUAAACAAGGUUACCGACGAUGGGAGGACCUCCCUACGCAGUGCUGCAUGGCAUGGCCACCUGGAUGUAGCAAAAUAUCUGGUCACUGAAGGGGCUGAUAUAAAUAGGAGCGAUAGUGAUGGUUGGACACCACUAACAAUUGCAUUACAGAGAAAGCAUCCACAUGUUGCCGAAUAUCUAAUCAAUACAGGAGCAGAUGUGAAUACGAUAAAGAAUAUUGGAACAAAUGCAUUACACUUAGCUGCGUUGAAUGGCUAUCUUGAGAUUACCAAGUAUUUACUCGGUGUAGGAGUUGAUGUGAAUAGAUGCGCUAGUGACAGUUCUACCGCUUUGUAUGUUGCUGCACAAAAUGGACAUGCCAGUAUUGUGGAAUAUUUGAUUUCUCAAGGGGCCGAUGUACAAAAGGGCCUAGACAACGGUUUCACUGCCUUACACAUUGCAGCCGAGAAGGGUCAUCUGGAUGUUGCCAAAAUACUAACCAAUAAUGGAGCUGAGGUCAAUAAGUGCAACACAGAGAAAAGGACAGCCUUGCACACGGCAGCAUUGUAUGGGCAACUACUGGUCACAGAGCUCCUAAUGAAGAAAGGCGGGACAGUUGACAUGGAUGAUGAAGACGGAUGGGCUGCCCUGAAUCUCUCUUCACAAAAUGGUCAUGCCGAUGUCGUCAAAUAUCUAAUCACACAGGGAGCUGACGUUAACAAGGGAAACAAUGUUGGCAGAACUGCCUUACGAAGUGCUGCUUGGAAUGGUCAUCUUCAAGUCAUCAAAUGCCUUAUCACUAAUGGUGCCGAUGUAAAUAAGGGAAACAAUGACGACAGAACUGCAUUACACGCUGCUGCUUGGAAUGGUCAUUUGGAUGUCAUCGAAUUUCUGAAUAACGUCAAUCAACGUGAUCAGAACGGUUUUGCCGCUAUUCACCACGCAAUACAUUAUGGCUACACCUCGGUGAUUGAGACGUUGAUAUCCCAUGGGUCAGACAUCAACAUCCAGUCCAACGAUGACCAGACGUGCCUGCAUUAUGCCAUCAAACUCUGCUACCGAGAGGAUGUACAUGUGGAACUUACAGAGUCACUCAAAAAGAUAUCCACAGACGUCUACCAAAACAGGUUAUCAGCGGAGAGGGCGCUUGUGUUCUACCUCUUGGAAAAUGGCGCUAAUCCCGAUGUGAAGGACAAUAAUGGUAACCUUCCGAUUGAGUAUGCGAGAGACGAAGAGAUCCGACAGAUGAUAUUUUCGAGGUUACCGUCGAUGGAGACAACAAGGAGUUAUCUCGGUAAGAUAAAGUGA